CCAUGUGCCAUAAAACCAAGGGCACCCGAGGUGCAGGUCGCCGUGUUUGAUUAAACACUCGUCGCCCUGUUUCAUCCCCGGACGAGCCAUACUUCCCAAGAACACCAGACGGGAGCCACACGUACGUUGCAACUUGCAACAAUGUCACUCACCGCGAGCUCAUUCGCCGUACUCCUCCUCCUCGUCCUCUCCACGUGGCCGACGUGCCACGCCACCCACAACAUCACCGCCAUCCUCGCGGCGCGCCGGGACAUGUCCGAGUUCAGCCGCCUGCUCACGACGACGGGCCUUGCGGACGAAAUCAACGAGCGCAACACCAUCACAGUCCUCGCGGUCGACGACGCCGACAUGGCUCCGCUCAGGGCGCGUCAUCUCCCGCGGGAAGCGCUCCGACACGUGCUCUCCCUGCACAUCCUCGUCGACUACUACGACCACGACAAGCUGCACCGCCUCCCCGGCGGCUCCGCCGACGUGUCCACCCUGUUCCAGGCCUCCGGCGACGCGCCUGGCAGCGCCGGCAUGGUGGAGAUCUCAGAGCGCCGGGGCGGGAGCGUGGCGUUCGUGCCCCAGGACGCCGGCGACGACGCGCGCCCCACCAGCGUGCUCUUCGUCAAGCCCAUCCACGAGGAGCCGUACAACAUCUCGGUGCUGCAGGUGGGCGCCGUCAUGUCGUCCCCGGCCGCCGAGGCGCCCUCGUCGCCGGAGACUUCAACUCCAACCUCAAGGCACAACGCCACCGACGUCGUGCCCAAGACCAAGAAAGGGACCGGGUCAGCCGACGACACCGCCGACGCGCCUUCGGCGGACGACGGGGACGACGAACGAGAGAACCAUGCGAAGAAGAACGGCGCGAUCAGCGCGGCUCCCGGCCGGCUAUCCUUGGCUCUGGCGUUCCUGCUGGCGAUCAAGAUCGUCGUGCGCGUCUGAAGGUUGAUAAAGGCUGUGUGUUGUGAGUUGCUGUUUGUUGGGUUCCUCGAUCUUGUUCCUGCACGUGUCAGUAUUACUGGGGAUAUGGUGAGUGCUUUGAUUAAUUUGCUAGGUCGUUGAUGCGUUGGAAACUUUCUUGUAGUUUCAUUUUGUUUGCCAAGAGAGCUUUGCAGGUAUGUGUCCUGAUUCAUCUAGUGUGUCUAGUCCAGACUCCAGAUCUGCUGGUGUUAUAAACUGGUCUACCGAAAUGCAUUAUACAUUUGCCUAGCUUUAGCUAGCUACUGUUUUGUUUUGAUAAAUCUUCAGGGGUAUACUCUCCUGUAGUAAUUGCUGCAUACGUACAUUAAUCGGGGGUUUUGCAAGCUACAAGUUCAUUCGGUUAUGUAAAUCUGUCGUCUUAUUCCAAUUUGUCUUGUAACAUGUUUUCUUAUUCUCAUAAGACAUAGAAUGAUCGAAACAAAAUUGAUGGUCAAACUUGUACUCUGAAUUUCCAUAUAAGUGUCGAAAAUAACAACUUUUAGAGGACCAA